AUGGCGGCGGAAGCGCUGCUGUCCAGUGUGUUGGGGCUGCUGCUCCUGGGGCUCCUGUUACCCGCGAGUCUGACGGGCGGUGUGGGGAGCCUGAACCUGGAGGAGCUGAGCGAGAUGCGUUAUGGGAUCGAGAUUCUGCCGUUGCCUGUCAUGGGAGGGCAGAGCCAAGCUUCGGACGUGGUGAUUGUCUCCUCUAAGUACAAACAGCGCUAUGAAUGUCGCCUGCCAGCUGGAGCGAUUCAUUUCCAGCGGGAAAGGGAGGAGGAGACACCUGCUUACCAAGGGCCUGGGAUCCCGGAGUUGCUGAGUCCCAUGAAAGAUGCUCCCUGCCUGCUGAAGACCAAGGACUGGUGGACGUAUGAAUUCUGCUAUGGACGCCACAUCCAGCAGUACCACAUGGAAGAUUCAGAGAUCAAAGGUGAAGUCCUCUAUCUUGGCUACUACCAUUCGGCCUUCGACUGGGAUGAUGAAACAGCUAAGGCCUCCAAGCAGCAUCGCCUGAAACGCUACCACAGCCAGACCUAUGGCAACGGGUCCAAGUGCGACCUCAAUGGGAGGCCCCGGGAGGCCGAGGUUCGGUUCCUCUGUGACGAGGGUGCUGGUAUUUCUGGGGACUACAUUGAUCGUGUGGAUGAGCCCUUGUCCUGCUCUUAUGUGCUGACCAUUCGGACUUCUCGGCUCUGCCCGCACCCUCUCCUGCGGCCCCCACCCAGCGCUGCUCCCCAGGCCAUUCUCUGUCACCCAGCCCUGCAGCCUGAGGAGUACAUGGCCUACAUUCAGAGGCAAGCUGACUCAAAGCAGUAUGGAGAGAAAAUCAUGGAGGAGCUGCCAGACCCGGACCCACAAAUGUGGAGGGAGACCAAGCCAGGGAUGGUGCCCCCAAAGAGAGCAGGUGCAGGCCCAACCAAGGAUGACAGUAAGGAAUCAGAUUUCUGGAAGAUCCUUCACGAGCCAGAGGACCAGGCCCCGGGAGGGGAGGAGGCACAGGCUGAGGAGCAGGAACCAAGCCUUGAGGCAGCAGACCCAGCUCCAGGCUCUCCUGAUGAUUUUCAGAACAAUGUGCAGGUCAAAGUCAUUCGGAGUCCUGCGGACCUGAUUCGAUUGAUAGAGGAGCUGAAAGGUGGAACAAAAAAGGGGAAGCCAAACGCAGGCCAGGAGCAGCCUGCAGAUGAUGCUGCAGAAGUCCCUCAGAGGGAACCGGAGGUGAAGGAAAAGGGUGACAGAGAACAUCAGAAUGAGGUGGAAGAAGAGGAAGAGGAUGACGAGGAUGAAGACGAAGAUGAGGAUGAACGGCAGUUACUGGGAGAAUUUGAGAAGGAACUGGAAGGGAUCCUGCUCCCGUCAGACCGAGAGCGGCUCCGUUCCGAGGUGAAGGCUGGCAUGGAGCGGGAGCUGGAGAACAUCAUCCAGGAGACGGAGAAGGAGCUGGACCCAGACGGGCUGAAGAAGGAGUCAGAGCGUGAUCGGGCCAUGCUGGCCCUGACGUCCACUCUCAACAAACUCAUCAAAAGACUGGAGGAAAAACAGAGCCCGGAGCUGGUGAAGAGGCACAGGAAAAGGAGGGUUGUCCCCAAAAAGCCUCCCCCAACACCCCAACCAGCAGAGGAGGAUCCUGAGCACAGAGUCCGGGUCCGGGUCACCAAGCUCCGUCACGGAGGCCCCAAUCAGGAUCUGACUGUCCUCGAGAUGAAACGGGAAAACCCGCAGCUGAAACAAAUCGAGGGGCUGGUGAAAGAGCUGCUGGAGAGGGAGGGACUCACGGCGGAAGGGAAAAUUGAGAUCAAAAUUGUCCGACCAGGGAAUGAAGGGUCUGAGGACGAUGCACGCUGGCUGACUGAUGAGGACACGAAAAACCUCAAGGAGAUUUUCUUCAAUAUCUUGGUGCAGGGAGCGGAAGAGGCGCAGAAGGAGCGGCAGCGGCAGAAAGAGCUGGAGAGCAAUUACCGCCGGGUGUGGGGCUCUCCGGGUGGGGAGGGCACCGGGGACCUGGACGAGUUUGACUUCUGA